AUGGACCAGCUGUGCAGCGCACUGCUGGCACCCGCCAACGCAUCGGUUGACAGCAAGGACCCCACCACGCUGCAGUAUGGCUGCGGCGUAGCCACAGUCUCCCAGGUCAACAAAGUGUCCAGUGAUCUGGCAGCCCUCGAGCCCAAGCUCAACGCCGUCGCCGCCCAGGCCAGCUCUGUGUCGUCUGCACAGGCCGCAAACAACCAGACCGCGGUGCUGCGUGCCGAGAUGGAUGUACUCCGUGCGGCGAUCGCGGCGUUCACAGCCAGCUCUCAGGCCGCGGUUGCGGCGCUCACGGCCCAAGUGCAGCAGCUGAAGGCCAACGCGACCAAUGCCACCGACCCAGCCAUCGCUCAGCAGAUCGCCGCCCUUGCAGCAGCAGACACGCGCACCGCCCAGAAGCUGGCCUCGCUGGAUGCGGCAGACCAGACCGCAGCCCAGGGGAUUGCGGCGCUCAACGCCACCCUGGCAGCCGUCAAAUCGGCCCAGGAGGCGGACGCGGCGGCAAUCUCCCUGGCCAACGCCACCGUGGAGUCCGUCAAGUCCACAGCCACCAGAGGGGCGGCGGCCAUCGCGUCGGUCAACGCCAGCCUGACCGGCCUGGCAGCCACUGUGACCAACGUGUCUGGUAUCGACUUGAGCAUCUACGCAAAAACCGCCGACCUGGCCAACCUCGACGCGGUCACACUGGGGGGCGUUCCUGCGGCGCAAUACCUGCGCUUAAGGGUGAUGCUCUACCGAGAGUCUGAUACUCUCAGGGACGGAAGCCUUGGCGGCCGACCUGGCGGCCGAUCUGGCGCUGAUGCCCUGUGCCGCGCCUCGGCGCUCCGGCCCGCCGGGCUCGCGCAGCUGCACGGCACCCAGGCUGCAGGGGCGGCUUGCUAUGUUCGCGUGUAG